UGAUAAUAAAGUCUUGAAUUAAGGCUCCAGCAAUGGAGACUAUUGGGAGGGGUUAAAUUGUAAAUGCUCCCAAUAGUUUGGGGUUAAAGUGUAAAUGCUCAAUUUGGAGGGAAGUUGACCUCGAGGAUGAUUGGCCAUGAUUCCUUACCCCCGGGAAGUCGAUGUCCCUACCAAAGACCAGCCCUUUCCCAAGAGCUCCAGUUCCUACCAAAGACUCUCAACCCCUUCUUCUUGGUUAUUCACUGUUCCUAGUUAUUAUUCAUCCUUUCUCUCUACUCAGUCCUUUUCAGCAUCAUUCAGAAUUAUUUGGAUUUAUCCCAUUCUAAAAAUAAGGAACCGCCCCCUGCCAUCCCCCUUAUUUGACAAAUAUUUGUUGUAUUCAAUUGACUUGGCGCUGUGCUUAACUCAGGAGACACAAUAGUCACAAAAGAGACCCAGUAUUUGCUCUCAUGGAGUUUUACAGUCAAGUUGGGGAAGCAACGUAGAUCAGAGAAUCAGAAAUAAAUGUCAAAUUGCAAUUGGUGUUAGAGCAACAGUGGAAAUGCACACAAGAGGGCAGGACUCAGGGGACUUGAUUGGGGCAUUUAAGUCAAGACCUGAAGAAAAAAAAAAAAGCCUGAAGAAUGAGUAGAUGUUGGUAAAGCAUAGAAGAGCUGUCCCAGCAGAGGACAUGGACUGGGUGAGGCCUCAAGGCCAUCAUGAAGAAGCUGCGAGCAGCUAUGGGAAGUCAUUGCAGGAAGCAGGCAUCCAGCCAGGAGAGAAGGAAGAAACAUGCCCUCAGCAGCAGCCAGGCCAAGCCCUCUGUCCCUGAUGGCCUGGCCAGGCGGCAGGAGGAGGUGGUAUUGCAGGCCUCUGUCUGCCUGGACCAUCUAUUCAGAGAUCCAGUUGAGGUCACAGUCUUCCGGGAGAACCUGCUGAGCUGGUAUGACCGAGAGAAGCGGGACCUGCCCUGGAGAAGAUGGGCAGAAGGUGAGGAGGACCUGGACAGGCGAGCAUAUGCUGUGUGGGUCUCAGAGGUCAUGCUGCAGCAGACCCAGGUUGCCACGGUGAUCGACUAUUAUACCAGAUGGAUGCAGAAGUGGCCAACACUGCAGGAUCUGGCCAGUGCUUCACUGGAGGAGGUGAACCAGCUCUGGGCUGGCCUGGGGUACUACUCUCGAGGCCGGAGGCUGCAGGAGGGAGCCCGGAAGGUGGUAAAGGAGCUCAGGGGCCAUGUGCCACGUACAGCAGAGACCUUGCAGCGGCUCCUGCCCGGUGUGGGGCGGUACACAGCUGGAGCCAUUGCUUCCAUUGCCUUUGGCCAGGUGACCGGUGUGGUGGAUGGGAAUGUGUUGCGGGUGCUAUGCCGUGUCCGAGUCAUUGGUGCUGACCCCAGCAGCACCCUUGUCUCCCAGCAGCUCUGGAGCCUAGCCCAGCAACUGGUAGAUCCAGCCCGGCCGGGAGACUUUAACCAAGCAGCCAUGGAAUUGGGGGCCACGGUGUGCACCCCACAGCACCCACUCUGCAGCCAGUGCCCUGUGCAGAGCCUGUGCCGGGCACACCAGAGGGUGGAGCGGGAACAGCUUUUAGCCUCACAGAGCCUGCCAGGCAGUCCUGACGUGGAGGAGUGUGGUAAGUGCCUGCCCCAGUCCCGGCCCAUCCCUGCACUGUCAAGGAGCUACCCAUGGAGGCCUCAUUUCAGUUCAUCCUACACCCUGAGUAAGAUUCUACAGAGCUUGGCAGAGGCCUGCUCUCACCUAAGCCUACCUUGCCUGAGUGAGGCUUGGGGCUCUGUCCCCAGCUCCCAACACCGGACAGUGCCAGCUGUGCAUACCUCCUGCCGAGCCCUGGGACCAGACCCUGGGAGUGGUCAACUUUCCCAGAAAGGCCAGCCGCAGGCCCCCCAGGGAGGAAUACUCUGCCACCUGUGUUCUGGAGCAGCCCGGGGCCCCUGGGGGUGCCCGAAUUCUGCUGGUGCAGAGGCCCAAUUCAGGUCUGCUGGCAGGACUGUGGGAGUUCCCGUCUGUAACUGCGGAGCCCUCGGGGCGGCAGCAGCGCAAAGCUCUGCUGCAGGAACUGCAGAGUUGGGUGGGGCCUCUCCCUGCCACCCGCCUGCGUCACCUUGGGCAGGUGGUCCACACCUUCUCGCACAUCAAGCUGACCUAUCAAGUAUAUGGUCUGGCCCUGGAAGGGCAGGCCCCAGUGACAGUCACACCACCUGGCGUUCGCUGGCUGACCCGGGAAGAGUUUCAUACUGCUGCUGUCUCCACCGCCAUGAAAAAGGUGUUCCGUGUAUAUGAGGGCCGACAGCCAGGGAACUACAAGAGUUCCAAAAGAUCCCAGGUGUCUACUCUGUCCAGGCGGAAGAAGCCCAGCCCAGGCCAGCAAGUCCUGGAUAGUUUCUUCCGGCCCAG